AGUAAUCAAACCUGAUACCCGCUUACUGUAAUCUCAGUUACUCUACCUUCACAGGACUAUAGAAGGAUUCUAGGAAGAGAGUUUGAAUUCUUUUCAUUAUUUUUUAUCUUAUGCUUAUUAAAAAGAGAAUUUAGAUAGAUGGGGAUCGCUUGGUUUGCAGUUUUUGGCACUUUAUUAAUAUUUUUAAAGGUCUCAGCACUACAGAUAGCUGAGAGGUCGACAUGUGUGCCUGGAUUUGAGUCAGAUCUACUGAUUUUCAGAGUGUCCUGGCAACACCUGAGGCCAGGCAUGAGGCUGGGCAGAGUGGGCUUUACUGACUGCACAGACCGCCGUAUAUUUCUUUUCAGCACUGAUGACAGUCACUUUGAUGUAAAGGCAGAUGGUGUAUUAAUGGUAAACAGAGAGGUUGUUCUUCAUAAAGGACACCAGACCUUCUUCAUCCACUCCUGGGACUCUCAAGGUCACAAAAUAACAAUUCCAGUCAGUGUUGUUAACCCUGAGCAUCAUCAUGGACACCAUCAUGGUCAUCAAUGUGGAAAGCACCACGAUGGAGACCACAUAAACUAUAACAAUCAGCAUCACAGUACUGAAGUGAAGUCUGCUAACCACACAGAGAAUGCCACUGAUCCACAAGUGCCUGUUCUGCAAUUCCCCAAGUCUGGUGGAGAGCUGAGGAGGAGAAAGAGAGACUGGGUUAUUCCUCCACUCAAUGUUCCUGAGAAUCAGAGAGGAAACUAUCCCCUAAAAGUAGCUCAGGCCCGCUCCACUGAAGAUAGAACAAGGAAGCUCUUUUACAGCAUCACUGGUCCAGGAGCUGAUCUGCCUCCUGUUGGUCUUUUCACCAUGGACAGAAAAACGGGCAAUCUGUAUGUAACACAAACACUCGACAGAGAGGAAACACCCAGUUACAUGUUUGAAAUACAUGCUGUGGCUGACGGAGCAGGACAAGCUGAGGAUCCCAUGGAGAUUAUAGUCAAUGUGAUCGAUCGGAACGACAACAAACCUUAUUUUACGAAAGAGUACAAUGUAAAUGUUGCUGAGGCCACGGCCAUCGGGACUGAGGUGGUUAGGGUUGAGGCCAAAGAUGACGAUGAGCCAGAUAGUUACAACUCAGAUGUCCGCUAUCGUAUUCUGAACCAGAACCCACCGCUGCCCACUGACAACAUGUUUGAAAUCAACCCAGUUACUGGAAGCAUCAGAGUCACUGGUAAAGGACUAGACAGAGAGAAAUAUCCACAGUACACUCUGACAGUACAAGCAGCAGAUCUGGCGGGAGAAGGAUUAACUGGACAAACACAAGUCAUUCUCACGGUGACGGACAGCAAUGACAACGCUCCAAUCUUCACUCAGAAAUCUUAUAAUGCAAGAGUUGAUGAAAACAAAAAGGAUGUUGUGGUGGUUAGGAUGAUCGUAACAGAUGAGGAUGAACCACAAACUCCAGCCUGGAAUGCCAAGUUCAAGAUUGUCAGUGGUGAUCCUGGUGGACUUUUCACAGUAAAAACAGGAACUAAUAAACAGGAAGGAAUCCUUUCUACUGCAAAUGAGCUGGACUUUGAGAGGGCCAGGAAGCACACUCUGUUGGUUUCAGUGGAGAAUGAGAUUCCUUUUACUCCUGGUCUUUCUGUGGUCACUUCUACCGCCACAGUGUUGGUGAAUGUGAAGGAUGUGAAUGAAGCUCCAGUCUUUGAUCCAAAGGAGAAGUUUGCGACAAAAUCAGAGGAUCUUGCUGUGGAUGAAGUCGUGGUGCAGUACACCGCUUCAGACCCAGACACUGCAUGCAAACAGAAAGUCAUGUACAAAAUAAUGAAUGACCCUGCAGGCUGGCUGAAUGUGGACAAGGACACAGGCCUUAUUAAAGUGAGAAGACUCAUGGACAGAGAGGCCCCCUUUGUCACAAACAACAGAUACAUCGCAACCAUCGGUGCAUAUGAUGAUGAUGCAGUCCCAGCUACAGGAACUGGUACUCUGAUCAUUCAGCUGGAAGAUGUCAAUGACAAUGCUCCCAUCAUUGAACAGCGUGAAAUCAAGGUGUGCAACAAGGAUCCAGCUCCUCAGCUGCUGUCAGUAACAGAUAAAGAUGGACCAAAACAUGGACCUCCGUACUCGGUGUCUUUACAGGGCAUGUCAAAGACACACUGGACCGCUAGGAUGAAUGACUCCAGAACAGGCAUCAUCCUGAAUUUAGCCACUGAGCUCCCCAGUGGAGAUGACAGUGUUAUAAUGAGAGUGGCAGACAAAUAUGGCCUGGAGCAGGACAGCAUCAUCAAAGCUGAAGUUUGCGACUGCAGGGGAGAAGAAACAACGUGCUUCGGCCAUGCUAGUAACAUGCCCCUUAUUCGGGGAAUACUUGGAGGCAGUCUACUGCUCGUGCUGGUCCUGGUUGUGCUGUUUGUAAGUCUGAGGAAAGAGGAGCAGAAGGAGCCAACAUCUAAAGACAAUAUCUUCUACUAUAACAGAGAGCAAAGCAGAGAGGAUGAUCAGAACCUGAAGGCAGCAGACGUUGACUGCAGUGGAGAACAGGACUACGAGCACCUCAGAGAGUGAGGUCCCCGUUUCAAGAAACUGGCCAACAUGUAUGGACGAGGAGGAGAUGACAAUAUGCUGUAAUCAUACCACAUGGCAUGGCUGCAUAUUUAAUUUGUGAAAGCAACUUUCAGCUACAUGUUAGUGGCUUCGUUUUGGUUUUCGUCUGCACUGUGUUUUGCCUUAUCACUGCAAUCCCAUUAGCAGUUACCAGGUAAUACUCAGAAGUUUGAUUUUGAAAUCCCGGUUUUGAAUGCGUUAAGAUCUCUUUUACAUCCCUGUUUGACCCUUGACCUGAAGGCUAACGACAUAAAUGCUUUGUUAGUUUUCUGCUAGUUUUCUGAAUGGGUGGUGGAGCCACAGUGCGCACAUUUGAAUCUCCUCUAAGUUACUCGGCCACACUUGAAACACCCUGAAGCUCGUCAGUCACACUGAAAAUAUGUUUUUUAUAUUAGCAAAGAUGUUUUGCUUUGUUCUAUAGCGUUUUUACUACUGUUCUCUAUUUGUUUAAAAAGUAAAAUUUAAAAUCAUCAGGAUGAAUUCCAGGUAGCUUGCCAGUGCCACAUCACACUUUGACAAUGUGCUUAACGAGUUAUGAUUAAAUGCUUUUUAAAAUUU